AGCAGAGAUCUCCUUCUUUCUGAGUCCAUCUGAAGCGCUGUGAGCAUGGAGAGCAGCGGGACCCUGCUGCUGGUGCUGCUCUGCUGGAGCUGCGGGCUGAGUCCGGUUUCAGCCGUCCGCCGGACGGACCUCUUCCCGUUCGGGACCCUGAGCGGAGAUCUGGUCCUGGCUGAGGGCGACGAUGAAACCUCCAAAGUCCUGGCUCUGCCCCGACACCUCGUCUUCUACAACUCCGUCUUCUCCCACCUCUAUGUGGCGACCAACGGGAUCAUCUCGGCCCAGGACCUGCCCAUGGAGAAGCAGUACGUGGACGACGGGUUCCCCACAGAUUUCCCCGUCGUGGCUCCGUUUCUGGCCGACCUGGACACCAGCGGAGGACGAGGACAGAUCUACUACCGGGUCACCGAGACGCCCAGCGUCCUCAACAGAGUCGCUCAGGAGGUUCACCGAGGAUUCCCCGACGAUAAGUUCACGCCGACGCACGCCGUGGUGGCGACCUGGGAGAACGUGGCGGCGUACGAGCAGCAGACUCGAACCAGCGGAGCGUCCAACAAGGUGAACACGUUCCAGGCGGUGAUCGGCUACGAUGAGACGGACUCCUACGUCCUCUUCCUCUACCCUGAAGACGGACUCAACUUCUUCGGGACGCGUCCCAAGGAGUCUUAUAAUGUUGAGAUCGAGCUUCCUGCCAGAGUGGGCUUCAGCAGAGGAGAGAUCUCCUACCUGAUCUUCUCCCGUACAGAGGGUCCUCACUACAGCGUCACUGUGGACGAGCAGAGCGUCAGAAACCUCAACCAGGUUGGGAACACCGGUAUUCCAGGUGUUUGGCUCUUCCACACUGGGAACCGUUACUCCUUCAACAACAUCGUUCCUGCUUCGACCGGAGGUCUGCUGGUGAUCCCUCCCACCGGAGGACUCGGCCUCUCCCUGGACACCACCACGCCGGAGUACGGAGAGUUUGAGGAGUACUCAGACAACUCCUUCGACCCAGAGACCCCGGAGGAGGAAGAGGAGGAGGAGGAGGACUACCCUCUGACUGGAGGGGACCCUGAGUUCCAGCCGGCCCCCCCAGGAGGAGACCAGGUGGAUCCUGCAGGUCCUGAAGCUCCUUCUGCUCCUGCAGAAGACGUCCCGUUAACGUCUGAACCCCGGUACGAGUCUGAGCCAGCAGAGAGGAAGUACGCUCCUCCUCCUCCUCCUCCUGCUCCUCCUGCAGAAACCAGACCAGAGGAGCACCAACCACAGGUUCCUCUGGAGGUGGUGGACGUCUACCCGCCCCACAGGAACCAGCCGCCGCUGUCCCCCGGGGGUCACGUGGUCAGCGUGGACGAGGACGACGUUGAGUUCGAUACAGGAGUGAUUCAGUACACGACAGAGAAUAAGGAGACCUGUGCCAGGUUCCAGCAGCAGUGUUCCCAGAAUGCAUUCUGCUCCGACUACGCCACGGGCUUCUGCUGUCACUGUCGCUCCGGUUUCUACGGCAACGGGCGCCACUGUCUGCCUGAAGGAGCUCCUCAGAGAGUCAGCGGGAAGGCGAGCGGCACCGUGACCGUCGGUUCGACUCCCGUUCAGCUCAACAACAUCGACCUGCACGCCUACAUCGUGGUGGGAGACGGGAGGGCGUACACCGCCAUCAGCGAGGUCCCGGAGCCGGUUGGCUGGGCUCUGAUGCCUCUGGCUCCCAUCGGAGAACUGUUUGGAUGGCUGUUUGCUCUGGAGCUGCCCAACAGCCAGGCCGGCUUCAAGAUCACAGGUGCUGAGUUUACUCGGCGUGCCGACGUGGUCUUCUACCCUGGGAACGAGCGUCUGUCAAUCAUCCAGACGGGGCGCGGCCUGGACGACCACCACCACCUGACGGUGGACACGGUGGUCAGCGGACACGUCCCCUUCCUGCCUCCUGGAGCUGAAGUCACCAUGGACCCCUUCAAGGAGACCUACCAGUACUACCCCUCAGUCAUCACCUCCACCUCGGUGAGGGAGUACACGGUGGUGUCGGCGGACCGCGGCUCCGAGGCGUUCUCCUUCCAGCUGAAGCAGAACAUCACGUACCGAGACUGUCGCCACGACAGCCGCGCCGCCGUCCUGGAGACGCUGCAGAUCACCAUGGAGAGAGUGUUCGUCAUGUACGUGAAGGAGGAGAGGAUCCUGAGGUACGCCAUCACCAACAAGAUCAGCCCGCUGGGAGUGGAGCCGUCUGGUCCGGAGCUGGUGAACCCGUGCUACGCUGGGACCCACGACUGUGACACCACGGCCCAGUGCCUCCCACUGCAGGGACAGGACUUCCAGUGUCAGUGUGCUACUGGAUACAGAGGAGACGGACGCAACUGCUACGACGUGGAUGAGUGUGCUGAAGGUUCUGGUUCUUGUGGAGCUCAUGCUCAGUGUGUCAACCUGCCGGGGAGCCACCGCUGCCAGUGUCAGAGCGGCUACGAGUUCGGCUUCGACGGGAGAACCUGCGUCGAUGUGGACGAGUGCAGCUGCUCUCCGUGUCACGGCAGCGCCAGAUGUAUCAACGGGCUGGGCUCCUUCCAGUGCCAGUGUCUGCCCGGACUCUACGGUGAUGGUUUCCACUGUUCCCAGCAGCAGCAGGAAGGGCCCACGGCUCGCCCGCGGAGCCAGUGUGAGCAGCACAGAGACAGCCUGCAGAGCGGAUCAGACCAGAACGGCCGACCCAGUCUUGGCACCUUCGUCCCUCAGUGCGACUCUGACGGACGCUACCGGUCGCUGCAGUGUCACGGCUCCACUGGACACUGUUGGUGUGUGGAUGAAAGAGGGGAGGAGAGAGCCGGGACCAGGACUCCACCUGGGACUUCACCCAGAGACUGCGACAGACCAGAUGAACCGGAGCAUCCUAAAACUCACUGUGAGCACCACAGAGACAGUGUUCAGACCACCAGUCCAGAGGGAUACCCUAUACUCGGAGCCUACGUACCUCAGUGUGACAGUAACGGACAGUACAUCCCUCUGCAGUGUCACGGCUCCUCUGGACAUUGUUGGUGUGUGGAUGUAAGGGGGGAAGAGAGAGCCGGGACCAGGACUCCACCUGGGACUUCACCCAGAGACUGUGACAGACCAGAUGAACCGGAGCGUCCUAAAACUCACUGUGAGCACCACAGAGACAGUGUUCAGACCACCAGUCCAGAGGGAUACCCUAUCCUCGGAGCCUUCGUACCUCAGUGUGACAGUAACGGACAGUACAUCCCUCUGCAGUGUCACGGCUCCUCUGGACAUUGUUGGUGUGUUGAUGUAAGGGGGGAGGAGAGAACCGGGACCAGGACUCCACCUGGGACAACUCCCACAGACUGCAGCAAACCAGAUGAACCACAGCGUGUUAAAACUCACUGUGAGCACAGAAGAGACAGCGUUCAGACCACCAGUCCAGAGGGAUACCCUCUACUGGGAGUCUACGUCCCUCAGUGUGAAGAUAACGGAGAGUACACAGCGUUACAGUGUUACAGCUCCACUGGACACUGUUGGUGUGUGGACGAGAGGGGAGAAGAGAGAGAAGGAACCAGGUCUCUAGCUGGUGAACCAGCCAAAGACUGCGACAAACCAGAUGAACCGGAGCGUCCUAAAACCCACUGUGAGCACUACAGGGACAGCGUGCAGACCACCAGUCCAGAGGGAUACCCUAUAGUCGGAGCUUAUGCUCCUCAGUGUGACGCUAACGGACAGUACAUCCCUCUGCAGUGCCACGGCUCCACAGGACACUGCUGGUGUGUGGACGGUCGGGGACAGGAACGAGCCGGGACCAGGACCUCACCUGGUGCACCACCAACAGACUGUGACAAACCAGAUGAACCGGAGCGUCCUAAAACUCACUGUGAGCACCACAGAGACAGCGUGCAGACCACCAGUCCAGAGGGAUACCCUAUAGUCGGAGCUUAUGUUCCCCAGUGUGACGAUAACGGAGAGUUCAGACCUCUGCAGUGUCACGGCUCCACUGGACAUUGUUGGUGUGUGGACGAAAGAGGACAUGAGAGAGCCGGAACCAGGACUUCACCUGGUACACAACCCAAAGACUGCAACAAACCAGAUGAACCGGAGCGUCCUCGGACCUACUGUGAGCUGCACAGAGACAGCGUGCAGACCACCAGUGCAGACGGAUAUCCCAUCCCAGGAGUGUUCGUACCUCGCUGCGACUCAAACGGAGAGUUCACACCUCAGCAGUGCCACGGGUCCUCUGGACACUGUUGGUGUGUGGACACUAGAGGAAAUGAGAAACCCGGGACCAGGACUCCACCUGGAACACCAGCUGUAGACUGUAACAAACCAGAUGAACCGGAGCGUCCUAAAACUCACUGUGAGCAGCACAGAGACAGUGUUCAGACCACCAGUCCAGAGGGAUACCCUAUAGUUGGAGCUCAUGCUCCUCAGUGUGAUGCUAACGGACAGUACAUCCCUCUGCAGUGUCACGGCUCCACUGGACACUGUUGGUGUGUGGACAGUAGAGGACAGGAGAGAGCCGGGACCAGGACUCUACCUGGAACACCACCCAAAGACUGCGACAAACCAGAUGAACCGGAGCGUCCUAAAACUAACUGUGAGCACCACAGAGAGAGAGCUCAGGCCACCAGUGAGGAGGGGUACCCUAUAGUCGGAGCUUAUGUGCCCCAGUGUGACGAUAACGGGCAGUACCUUCCACUGCAGUGUCACGGCUCCUCUGGACACUGUUGGUGUGUGAACAGUCGGGGCGAGGAGCGAUCAGGAACCAGGACUCCACCUGGAACACAACCCAGAGACUGUGACAGACCAGAUGAACCGGAGCGUCCUAAGACUCACUGUGAGCAGCGCAGAGACAGCUCGCCUCCUCCUGGAGCCUUCGUGCUGCAGUGUGAUGCAGCAGGACAAUAUCUACCUCAGCAGUGCCACGGCUCCACUGGACAUUGUUGGUGUGUGGACAGUCGGGGAGAAGAGAGACCCGGAACCAGGACUCCACCUGGAACACCAGCUGUAGACUGUGACAGACCAGGCCCCGUGGCCCCCACCCAGCGUCCUGAGAGUGUGUGUGAGCGCUGGAGGGCCAGUCUGAUCGAACACUACGGAGGGAAACCCGACCCGCAGCAGUACGUCCCUCAGUGUGAGCCGCACGGACAGUUCAGCCCGGUCCAGUGUUACGGGGAGACCACCUACUGCUGGUGUGUGGACCAGGACGGACGGGAGGUUCCCGGGACUCGAUCUCAUGACGUCGUUAAACCGGCCUGCCUCCCCUCCGUGGCUCCGCCCACCGUGCGCCCGCUGCCCCGCCCCGACGUGACUCCGCCCCCUCAGACGGAGGUCACGCUGUUGUACGCUCAGGGUCAGAAGAUCGGAGCGCUGCCGCUCAACGGGACCCGGCUGGACGCCGCCCGCUCCAAAACACUGCUGACGCUACACGGCUCCAUCGUUGUGGGAAUCGCCUACGACUGUCGGGAGAAGCAGGUUUACUGGACCGAUCUGUCGGCUCGAACCAUCAACAGAGCCGCCAUGGUGGCCGGAUCCGAGCCCAAGAUCCUCAUCAACACCAACCUGGUCAGUCCCGAGGGUUUGGCCGUGGACGUGAAGCGAAGGUUGAUGUUCUGGGUCGACUCCAACCCCGACGUCAUCGAGAGCGCCAAGCUGGACGGCAGCGGGAGGAAGACGCUGUUCGACUCGGAGCUGGUCAACCCCCGCGCCAUCAUCGUGGUCUCUGACACCGGGACUCUGUACUGGACCGACUGGAACCGAGAGGCUCCAAAGAUCGAGAGCUCCACGGUGGAGGGGCGGAGCCGCAGGGUGGUGGUCUCUGACGGGAUCGGGCUGCCCAACGCCCUCACCUACGACUCUUCCUCUGGCCAGGUCUGCUGGGCCGACGCAGGUACGAAGCGGUUAGAGUGUGUGAACCCGGACGGUUCUGGUCGUAGAGUGGUCCACCCGAGCCUCAACUACCCGUUCAGCAUGGUCUACUACAGGAACCACUUCUACUACACCGACUGGAGGAGGGACGGUGUGAUCGCUGUGAAUAAAGACAGCAGUCGGAUCACUGAUGAAUACCUGCCUGACCAGCGCUCUCACCUGUACGGCAUCGCCAUGGCUACCACCCACUGUCUAUAAGGGAGCCUCUAUCGACAGAGCGAGCGGCAGCUGCAGGUCCUUUGGUGCUACAGUUCUGGGGCAGGACCGCCUUCAAAAAGUGUCCUAAAGGAUUAAAAGGACACUCAGGAGGACACGAGACGAGCCCGCCCCCAUUAUCUCACCUUAAAGAUAUCAUAACCCCAAAUAAAUGUCUUGUAAAUUUGUUUUAUACCUCAUUUUUAGUUCUUUUUCUACUGUAUUUUUGUAUGUGAGUUGUUGUUUUUUAUCAAUUAAAGCUACAGAAUAAUGAAAUUAAAUGUUUAAAAUGUUCCAGUGCAGGUUUUCUGUCUGUUAACGCCAAAGAAGAGAAAUAAUAACAAAUAAAAAGGAAAAGUUUCAUGUUUUUUGAGAAAAAAAAUCUGCAGCUUUACAUGAAUUUAACUGACGGAAGUUAAAUAAUCUGCAGGAUUCUUCACUUUUUUUUCAAAUUGCAUGAAAUAUGCAAAAGGGAAAUCACUUUGUAAUCAGAUUACUGUGCAGUAAUCUGUUCCUCAGUCAGUCCUGCCAGAUUUCUCUGCACUAAUAAUCUGUUUUUUGAAGCUACAUUCGCCAAAUAUUUUACUACAACUACAAUUCAAAUCUUUAUCUUUUUAUAAGAUGUGAUAUUUAUAACAAUAAAAUGUGAUUUGGUACUUGA